AUGUCCAAUAUCGAGUAUAACAAUUUACUUUUUGUAAUAAGCGAGAAGCUAGACCAAGAAAAUGUACUCGAGCGGUUGCGUUUUACGUGUAGAGAGAAAUUAGCGUCUGCAUCCAACAGACAAGACAGCAUCCAAGAUACGCUAUCGUUGUUUAAAGAACUAGAAGAUCGCAACCAUUUGGGAGUUGAUCGCCUGCAGGUUCUGAAAGACUUGCUCAAAGGUUUAAAAGAAUGGUCCCUUUUAGGAAAAGUAAAAAAAUUCGAGAGCACAAGAACAGAAUACAUUGGCUUGAAAGAGCAGAUUAUUCUCGUACUCGACGAACUCAAUGAUAUGGAACGACUGAUCUCUAUUUGCCGAAUGGAAUUUGCGGAAGCGAAUGAGAGCAACAUUCAAGACGUUCGAUCGCUGUUUGAAGAACUGGAAAGAAACGACUGCCUGGGGAUUGACUGCCUAGGAUUGUUAAAGGAGAUUUUGACCAAAACAGAACAAGGCGAUUUGCUAAGAAAUGUUGAGGGGCUCGAAGCAAGACGAAAUCGAGAAGAUGAGUUUGAAAAUCGAAGAGGUACUUUUUUCACUUGUUGUUACAUAAGGAUGAAUUUGAAUAUUCUAAGGCGUUUUCUGUUAUAUUUCAGAGCAAGUAGCUGAUUUCAUGUCUUCUGUUAGUAACAGACUGAUAGGAGGUAAGUCAACUGUUGAAAUAGAGACUGCAUUAACCCCAGCAGUAGCUAUAGGGAGCCGCGUUUUCUCAGUGUUUCUUGGAGUUACCGAUUUGUCUGGUCAUUUUGUCUGUUUGUGUUUAGCGUGUUCGCGUGUUAGUUUAGGCUCAGUUAAAGCUGAGUCACGCAAAUCACGCAAAUUCAUCAAGGAACUGUAAUGUGGUUAUUAAAGCGAGUGAGAUGUAAUAAGAGAAGCUUAAAAUAGUGAAGGAAUAUUUCACACACACACACACACACACACACACACACACACACCCACACUCACAAAGAACACGACAAAAGAGUACAACGACGAAAUAAAAAUAAAAAAAAAAAAAAAAAAAAAAAAAAAUUAAUUGCAUUAUGGUUCUAAAAAAAGUUACCCAGGGCAUGCCACUUUUUGUAGCAUAUUACUUUGAAUUGUAAUAAUACUAGGAAGAAAUACGUGUUUCUUUGGUUUUCUCUUAAAGAAAAAUGUCGCAAAUUUACUUCAUAUGAUUAUACAGCCUGAGUAUCUGGCGUUUCUUGGGGAAAGGGGGAAAGAUGAAGCCUGAUACUCAGGCUAAUGAUUAUAUUUCAUGAAAUACCUGUGAUUCUUUCAACGAAACCUGAAGUUCCAGCUCUGUUCUGUAGACAGUAUGCCUUUGUCGGUUACGUGUGGGUACUAUGCCGUAACUGGCGAAACACAUUCUGCAUGAUGGCUAUUACAGACUUGCUCGUCUUGACUACACAUGACUGGAUGACUUGAAUAAAUCCUUGCCACUGUAGGUGAUUGUCAGAUUUUCGAUAGAGCACGGAAGUAUGCCAUGAAAUACAAUACUUUCUGAACCAGGCACAUUCAAGCCACUUACGCUGAAAGAGUCAUAAAAAUAACAAUGAGUGAAGAAAUCUGAGCGUCGAGAAACCUUGCCACAUUCAAAGUCAAAUCCACUCACUGAGCAGUUUUAGCGUCAUUAAUAAAAUCAAGCAUUGUCUAUAAUCCGCGCUACUUUUAGCCUCCCCGCAGACGUCCUUUGGAUUUCGUUCGUAACGCAUUCAUUUCUCCCCCACGGACCGUGAGGGAGAAAUGAAUGCGUGACGAACGAGCCCCAAAGGACGUCUGCGGGGAGGCUACGUUACUUUUAAAUACAACACCGCUCAAGAAUUUGCUAAGUCGAUUGCAAGACCCUUCCGCUCCAGUUACCCGAGUUUCCUUUCCUCCCUAAUUUCUCUUAAGGCAUUUCCAUCUAUUUCCCUGUUCAACUCUAGCGAUUUUGUUUCAAUACAACUUAUAACAAAGUAAGAAUUAAACCAGCUGAGGUCACACUGGGGCUUUUUUUACUCUACGAGUACUCGGUAGAGUUUACCAUAGUUUCAGUCACCGGCUUUUCUCACUUUAUUAUGGUAAACGCCCGUCUAGUCUGUCGAGUUGGCAACGGCGGCAGGAUAAAAGCUAAGUUUACUAGCGUAAAUCGACCUGAAUCGAGUUCGUUAAUCAGAAGUUUAUCCAAACGUUUUUUUUUUUUGAUUUUUUUUUAGCUGACAACUUGUCAGUAUUCUUGAUAUGCAACUCUUUGAUUGCGCCAGCUUUACGCACAUUCUUUCUGCCAGGACCUCGGAUUUGUAGGCAACUAUUAUGACAUGUGAGACAACUAUUCAUUUACGUCAAGGUGAGUUUUUAUUCAACAUACUAUAGUUUAUUAUAUUUCUGAAUAGUAAACACACAGUCAUAUAAGUACCGCUAAUUCUUUUUUUUACCCUAACUGGGUGUUAUGUUUUGACGUUACCGAGUGACUUGUACAUGUUGACGGCACAUUUCAAACGUUCUAUUCUUUCUUUUCUAUUCAUUUCAGAGCUCCACCAUCUCGUAGUUUUAUUAUUCCCCCUGGCGGUUAUCUAGACGAUCGAACAAUCUAUGGUGGACCGUACCGUUUUUGGUCGAGAGAACGCUUCACCGUCUGCGAAUUAUCCAUACGUGCAGGGGCACCCAACGGAUCUGUUCCUCAAAAUAUCUGUUCUUCAUGCAAAUUUUUGCUGGCUGGGAGAUGUGGAAGAAAUAAUAGUCCUUGGAAGGAAAGUGUUGCUGGGAAAAAGAUAAUUCAGGGUGUCAGAGGGGAUUUGAAGUCUAGAAUAGCUGCUACGGGUUACUUGUAUGGGUUGCUUACCACUCAAGAUCUGAAUUGUGCCCUAUGAAACUUCCCAGUAAGUCAGGUUGCAGGUUGUAAGGUUGCUGGCUGGGAACUCUUCCAUCAGUCUUGCUGGGAGUGAGGAACAGAUAAUUUUUUUCCAGCAAUCUCCCAAAAUGCUUAAAAUAGUCUCAGAAAACUUUAUUCACGCUUUGUUGUUGUUUUUAGGUCUUUUUCUCAAAAUUUCCCGUUGGGUGCCCCUGUACGUGGGGCCAAGCGUAACAGCUCAUUUUCCAAUCUCGGUCGAACCAUUCAGAAAAAUCGAAACUGCUGGGCUCUCAGAAUAGCAAAAAUCAAAAGGAAAAGAGCCAGAAUCGUCGCAAUCAGCCACUCUGAUUCCAUGAGCGAACGGAGAAAUAUUUUGAAAUGACUUUAUACAAUCGGCAAUUACGCACACGAUAAAGGAAUGUCUGUAUUUAUUCUCACAAUUGACACAAUUGAAUCACGAAAAGCACUGCAGAAAGGUUUUAAAGUACCGUAUUUAUUCGAUUAACCGCCCUGGGCGCUUAUUAAAUUUUUUUACCUUGAGAGUGGGCGCUUAUUCGAGGUGGGCGCUUAUUAAUUAAAUUUUCACCGUUCUCAGCAAGUGUAGUAGUAUAUUUUGCAACAAAACAGUAAAUGCUAAUUACAAAAAGCGAAGAUGCAACAAAGCAAGGUUUCUAUAAAAUACUCUGAAGAAAAUUCCGUCUACGGCAGGGUCUCUUAUAAUCUCUUAUAUAUUGGAGUUUCUGUGGGAGGGAGUGGGGUGGGGUGGGCGCUUAUUCGAGGCUGGGCGCUUAUUAACUUUUUCUGCCUUAGGAUGGGCGCUUACUCGAGGUUGGCGCUAAUUCGAGGUUGGGCGCUUAAUCGAAUAAAUGCGGUAAACAAGUCCGCUUUACCUACCAUAGAAAAACUGUCGACAGUCGACUCCCGAUAACUCGAACCCUCGUUAACUCGAACUCCCGCUAACUCGAACCAAUUUUCGUUUUCCCUCAGGUCAUUUUCUAUAUAAUUUUACCCUCGAUAACUUGAACCAUGUUUUGAACCCUUAAAAAGUCGGGAAAAAAACCGUCCACGGGCGUCCGAAACAUUGAAUGUUGGAUUUCCCAUUGACGUGUUGUAGGAGUAUAGUUUACCAGUGGAGGCUGAUGUUGAUUGUCACAGGCUAACGUGAAGCAGCUUUUCUUCUCAAAACAGUAAAACGCGUGCUCUAUUUAGGCUAUGUUUUGUUACGUUACGUUCUGAUUUAUAAUCUAGAGGUAUCUUUUAAUUUUCACUUGACAUUUCUACAAUUAAAUGUGAUUACAAUGUUCACUGUGCAGUAAAAACUGUUUUUUACCUUACUCUCGGCUAUUUUCUUCGAACUCCCGAUAACUGGAACCUUUUUUCGAUUUCCCUUGAAGGUUCGAGUUAUCGGGAUUCGACUGUAUUUGUUAUGCAAAUAAAUGUCUCUGACUCUUUUUAUUUGAAAUAAGUUAUCCGUAAUUCGGUUGUCAUAAGUACAAGUUGAGUGGAUGUGGAUGUUGAAUUGGUACCAAUGAAUCUGGAACACGCCCAUAAAACAAGAUCCUGGUAACCCUUUAGGGGUGUUCUCGAAAUUUUCCGACGAGCACCCCCUUCACUUUUAUAGGGGAGUACCCCCCGGGACAUACUCUCAACCCCAUGUCAUAGUGGCUACCACCUUCCCUAAAGGGAGGAAGUAGCCAUAAAAACUACACAACAUUUUUUUCUCGCGCAUUAUAAGAGCUAGAGGUGAUACCAUUUGUCACGUGUACCGUGUGUGGAAGAUUGCGUGAAGAGGCUCCAGGGUAAUUUGUCCAAAUUACCAUGCACGUAACUUGACACCAAGUUAGACGUCUCAUUUUACAAAUCAGCGGAAUGUAGAAAUUUCAGUUAUUUGCUAGUUUUUACGUCAUGUUAUGAAGGUCAGCUGCAGAGCCUUGCAUCGCGAGAAAAAAAAUGGGCCCUGAAAGGUAACUUUGUAAAAAUGUAGGAUAUUUGCGUUUUGCGUUUAAUUUUGUAAAAGUGUCAUUUGUAAUCAUGAUUCUGACUUUCUUGCUAUAUGUUCAUUGUUACCAAAGUAAAUCUAUUAUCCGCGCCUUAUCUGACAUAGUUUGUCGAUAUUUUAUUGAGGCAGUCGAAAACAGUUCUUGACUCCUUGAAGGACUUGACCAGGAUGGGCCGAAAGCCUUUUUACUUCAGAGUUCAGAAUUAAAUCGUCACCCGACGCGAUUCUAUUGAUCUUUUUUCAAGAGUUUUUUUUUUUUUUUGCUUUUCAUAUUUUUAAACAAACAAUUUCGCCGUCUUAGCUUUCCAGAUAGCAAUACAUCAUUUCUUUGCGCUUUAGUGGGGUAGAAGUAACUGUGGUGUGAUUUUCUCCUUUGUUUACACGGUUUUCGCCUUGUUUACAUUUCACAUUCUUAUCGUGUACUGUGGCUCGAGGGGCUGGCUAUUUAAAAAUUUAUUAUUCGAAAGCGUUUUAAUUUGCAGUGCUGAAACUUCGGGUCUAGUUAAAAGAAUCACAGCUCUUUCAUGUAAGUGUAAUCAUAUUUAAAUUUGCGACAUAUCAGAAUCGAUUUUUCGCGGUAGUUGGACGUUAUUUCGACCGCCAAAACAGUACACAAUCAAGGUGCAAACAAUGAAGGCCAAAAACUAUAUUACAAAAUUUCUUUUGCAAUACAUCUUAUGCAGUCUUAACGUUUUGGGUAACUGGUUAAUGCAUGUGCAGCAUCAAGUCAAGAGGAGCUUUUGCGCAUGCUUCCUUGAAAAUUGUUGAAAUUUGCACCAAUUUAGCGAAUAAAAAAUGUAUUUAUAUCAAGGCAUGAGUUCAAACAAGGCCCAACUCUGCGCGAGCUCUGCUUGCAUUUCCGCGGUUACGUACUUUCUGAUAAGGAAGAGAUUUAAAGUAUAAACCACGGUGGGGCCAAACCACCCCAAAAUGGCUUAUCAAAACGUGACAAUUUCGAAUAAUUUAAAAUAACUUUGCUUGCUUUCACUCUUUCCCAACCAAACUUGGCCUGAAAAUACGAGACAUCAACGUCAAAUUAUGACGUCAUAUUUGCUAACGUCAUUCAUACGUAAAUUUUAAACUUUUGACUCUCCCAAAUUUUUAUAUCGUUUUUGAAAGAACUAUUCAAGGGAAGUUGAAAGCUGAAAAAGUUUUUUCAGUGUCUCAAGUAUGAGCUGAGAUAUGACAUUUUGAAUUUGGAUAAAUUUGGAGCACAAAAACGGGGUACCCCCUUUUAAAAUAAGUCUUAAUUUCAGAGUUUUAUUGUCGAGUCACCCUUGCUGUUUAAGUUACACAUAACACAUCUUUACUGUCGAAAGCUAAAGCAAGUUUUAUGACGUCAUAAAAUGUCACGUGAUCAAUUUUUUGGUUUGCUUAAAUUAGUGUUUUUGAGUCAAAAAACAAAAAACUAAAAUGACACGAUUUUGGCCAACUACAAAAUCACCUUAUUUUGCCAAAAACAGUGAAAAAAAUAUCAGAGGAGUCGUUUUUUAAGGAAAAGUAUGGUUCCGGGGGGUGAAAUCAAAUUUUUUUGAAGUCUUAUAACUAGGGUUGUACGUGUCGUAGCCAGAAACGGUUUUCACUGUUUUACUCCUCUUCUAAGGCCCUUUCAAAUGAUGUAAGUUUAUCUUUAAAUUAUAAACUGCAUUUAACCGAUUUUGGGGACGUCAGCCUUUGUGACGUCACAAUUUAACAUUUUGCGUCAAACAAAAACUUAAUAUCAUCUGGUCAGCAAUGGUAGUCUACCUGGAAAGUUUGGUCGAGAAAUGAAAAGAAAUGUAAAAAAUACGUAAAGUUAGCCUUAAUAAGGCCUUUGGGGGGUGGUUUGGCACCGCCGUGAACCAACAACUGUGUUGGAUAAAUUUGGCCACGGUUGUGGCAGGUCAACAGAAUCACAACACAUCGAUAUAUGUAAACUGAUUAACCUACCUAAUUUAAAAGUGGGGCGACAAAAAUCCGCGACAAGCCACACAAAAGAAGCGAAGCUCCCGUGAAAGCUGGAAAGCGAAACAUUGUUGGACAAUUGUAAAACUAUGAAGAAGAAGAAAAACAUUUCAAAACUAAACGUGACGCCAACGAAACCGCAUCCCUUGUCCCACGAACAGUGACAUUGAACGUCUGGUACAAAUUAGAGAGCUGACAAUCGAUAGGAAAAUUCGGUCUUAGAAUUGCAAGCCAAGUAGCAGCCCAAUGACUGACCUACCCAACCGGCAUAAGAACAAAUAAAAGUACUAAAAAACCGCCUAACAUUAAGACGAGGGAAACGAGAGGUAAUGCCAACCAAGUAACAGCCCAAUGACUGACCUACCCAACAGGCAUCUAUAACAGAACGAGCUAAGUCAUACAAAGCGAGGACCAAUGCCAGCCAAAUAGCCAGGGCCACCCAACGACUCUUGCCUGUAAAAUAUCUGUUCGGAGAAGCAAAUAUUGCCUAGAAUUUUCUUUUGCUUAAGGACGGCUAAAAAUUAAUAGAAGGACCGUUCCACUCAUGUUCAAUUUUCGAAGCUUAUGUAAUAAAUUCCCUGCGAUUUUCUGAAGUUUAAUUUUUCAUAUUUUACUACCCAGGUUACACUAUUUUCCAAGAAAAAGCCAAAAUUUUCGGAUUCUAUUCUAUUUCUGGAGACAGGAAUCUGAAUAAUUUUUAAUUUCGUAAAACGUUAAAUUGCACCUAAAAUUUUCUUGUAAUUUCGGAAGUACUUAAGUUCCCCUAGGAUGACCGAACAGAUUAAAAUUUUGUAGGGCCGCUUAGAAUGCAUUUCUAGAGAUCAUAAAGUACUCUGGAGGAAACCCUCGUUGGGUGCCCCUGAAUAGCAGCCCAAUGACUGACCUUGCCUAGUCCCUAUACCGCGUCUUUCCAAGCCUUUCUCGGUCAAUGCAUUUCGGUGACGUAUCCGUGACGAACGGCCGGGAGACGCCUAGACAAUCUCGGAGUGCGCAUGCGUGAGCAUUUGUGCAUUUUUGAAAAGUUCACACGGGGCGCUUUCCAUUUAGUCAAAAUUUCCGGAAUUUCCGGUUCGGAGGUAAAUGGAACACGUUUCGUCGGUUCAUCCCACUGGAAAAUUCCCAGAAAAAGUGGAAAAUCUAAAAAGGUGGGCCCGUUUUCCCGGUUGGUAACGGAAUGUCGUGUUCCAUUUACGUUUCUCGUGGUUUGUACCAGUUCCAGGUCCACUGUCGGGCACCGCGACCUACCGGGGUUUACGACCAAAUGGAACAACUUUUUACCAAUCGGAAAUUCCACUUUUGCUCCCACCGAAAUUUCCGGGUUUUUUUCCUAAAUGGAAAGCGCCCACGGUCGACUGAAAUAAUCUAUAAAUAACUUUGCGCGUGAAUAUCCUUCGCUUCAAGAUCGGCACUAUUCACACUAUUGCAAAAAUAACUAAGCUGAUUUCUGUUAUUAAAGAACGAAAAUAUUACUUUGAAUCGGAAAGAAUACUACUGUAACGUGCAAGUAAUUUCUCUUUUAGUUCAUUUUCAAAUGAACCAUUAAAAUGAUAUUUCUUUAUUGAUAAAAAGACUUGAAACAGCAGUUUGUUGACAUUCUACCAAAUUAGACCAAAUUCAACAGCCUGUCCGAUUAGUUUGAUAAGCUUCCAAAUCCAAAAAUUAAAUUACAUAAAAUAUUUUUGAAGUGAAAUGAUGACGAGAAAUUUAUAGGAGCAAGCGAAAAUAGAGAAACGAAAGAUAGGUUUUCAUAUCCAAGAAUAAAUAUAAACUUAUUUCUUUAGCUUACCUUCCGAUUCUUGAUCAAAUAAUUUUUUUGCGACGCUGUUUUGCUUAGCCUGCAAAUAGUUUUUGAGAUGAAAUAAAGUUCAAAUUAGUUUAAUGAGAUAAAUGAAAAAGAAAGGCCAAAAGACUUUCAACAAUGAAAACGUGCAUAGAAUAAAAAUGGUCGGUUUAUCCUGUGUACUCUCCAUAGCUGCUGGACAUCUUUCAUCAUCACGGAAAAGUUAUUGACAGCUCGCCCGCUUCCAAAAGCUCCGCCCCAAGUGAGACAAAAUGUCUCACUUCUCCGAGUUUGUCUAGGCCUCAAAAACUUCCUCGGACCACGUGACCCUAAACGCAUCGGCCGCGCAUAAUAAUGAGGCCUAGGGACUAGACAAUGACUGACCCAUUCAACAGGCACAGAACAACAACAGGCAACAACUGCAACAGGCGUAAAAACAGAAUGAAUAAGAUUAGGAACUAACAACUUAAAGGUUGGUAAAAAAUGGUUUUCUAAGCUCAUCAAGUAGCAGCCCAAUUGUCUGACCUACUACUCAUGCUAAGUUGGGCAAGGAAUAUGAUGCAGGGAGAAUUGUUGGUCCUUUCACAGCUCCCCCCUUUCAAAAUAUUCGUUGCUCCCCAUAGGGUAUUGUUCCCAAAAAGGAUCCAUCUGCGUUUCGAUUAAUACACCAUUUAUCUUACCCCAAGGGAUCUUCCGUAAAUGACUUUAUCCCUGAUUAUUGUUCUACCGUUAAAUACGCAUCGGUAGGGGAUGCGAUGAAGUUACUCAAGCGUUUAGGAAAGGGUUGUUUUAUGGCAAAAACCGAGGUGAAAUCUGCUUUCUGUAUAAUUCCUAUUCACCCUGCCGACUAUUCCUUGCUUGGUUUAAAGUGGAACAACAGGUACUACUUUGAAAGGUGCCUCGCGAUGAUGGGGCUUUCCAGUUCCUGUGCUAUUUUUGAAGCAAUUAGUACGGCACUCGAAUGGUUGUCCAUAUAAUCGUCUUGGUGCUUGAGCAGUUUUACAUAUUUUAGACGAUUUUUUGUUCAUAGCCCAAAGCAAAGGACAAAGUGAACACGACUUAGAUAAUUUUAUUUUGAUGCGGCAGUACCUUGGCGUUCCUUUGGCCCCUGAAAAAACAAUGGGUCCCGCGACUGUUUUACAAUUUGCUGGAAUUACGCUUGAUUCUGUACGCCAAGAGGCGCGCCUACCAGAAGACGAACUUCAAAAAUGUCGUCCGAUGUUACAAAAUUUCCAGGCCCGGCGCUCCGUCUGCCUAAAAGAACUCCGAUCACUGAUAGGUUUAUUGAAUUUUACAUGCCUCGUGGUUGUUCCUGGUCGAGCUUUUCUUCGUCGCAUGAUAGAUCUUACCAAAAGCGUCAAUAAAAAAACGGUCUUUCACGAGGCGCUAAAUCAUGCUUUGGCUCCGUUUUCUUGACGAUUAACUGUUCAACCUAACAGUUUUUGAAAUUUUAUCUCUGCUGUUUGCAACUUCAAAAAUAAUGCUCAGGAGACAUUUGUUUGUGUCGAGUCUCUGACUUUGUCAUUUACAUGUAUUUUCGUUACUUACUUUAAGUUCCAUAGCGAUUGAGGGCGAGUAAUUGGCAAAAUUAAAUAAAACAAACUGGACUGCCGUGACACAGCCUCUUUAAACCAGUGGAGCCUUAAUAAUUCUUCUUACUUUUGUUUUUCCAAAUAAAGUUGAAAGAAAACAUUUGCGGCAUUGUUAAGAUAAACAGUUUCGCCUUGGUGGACAAUUCUUAGCUGGAAAUAAAUAACGCAUAAUUUUCUGAGAAGAACCAAAAUCGUUAUGUUGGCUUCAGAUACAAUCAUUCUACGCUGAAUCUUAGCUGCCUUUCCUUAGUACUACAGUUGUGUUAAAAUGAGAACAGUGUCUAAGAAGAGAUUUUUACUAUAUGAUUCGAAAUAGCGCAAACUGCUUAAAAGUGCCUUCGAACAAUCGUGAUGAACGAAAGUAUAAAGCGAGCGUUAACGUCAAACAUUAUAUAGUCAAGAGCAGUUUACCAAAAACUUACACAUUUCUGUCUUUACUUUAGUUUUGAAGAUUAAGACGAUAUUCAAAGUGGCUGCAAGUGGUUUUACAGUAGCUUAUGCCCUGGAGGUAUUAAAUCGCGGGCUCACAUUUGACCAGCUCGUUGCUGGAGUUAAUGAACUCGUUCUUCCUGUUGGCACCAUCUUGAGACAAAUAACUGAGGGCUGCAUCUGCCUCACAGUUCAAGCUGAACGUCUUGCAUCGCUUAAGGCUUUGUGGAGUCUGUAUAAAAACGGCACGCUUAGAGAAAGGUUACAGGACUUCUUUGUCACUGAUAAAGUACGCGAAGAGCUUGCCGGUGGGGAGGAAUUGGAGGCGAUUGUGACCAUUGAGGAAGAAGAGUACCAGAAGGCUUUUAGUGAGCUGUCCAGUAAAGUGGAAGGUAGGUUUUACUUUUCAGUUCAAUUACUAGAGCUUAAUCAUAUAAUGCGGCUCUAAACUUCUGUGGGAACCUUGUCACCUUCCGUUCAAAAGUCAACAGUUUCGAUCCUGGGGUUAAUCUUUACGGAGAACAUUUCACGUCAAAUAAUAACUUUUGCGUGAAGUUUUUUUUUUUAGGCGGAUAGUAAAAGUAUAGCUGCAGAACUUCUCUCUUAAUAUAUAUUUAACAUCUAUCACACAGGCUACUUGUGGGCGGUAAAAAGCACCACUCUUCUUUUUUACAAUAAAAUUAAAGAACCGCAUUUAUAUCUCUUUUGUAAAAUUUUAGCAGGAGCUGACCGUUUCAUAGAAGGGAGGCCCAUGAGAAUUCACCGAAGAAAUUCGGAUUCUAGCCUGUACUGCAAAACACCUUAUGCUGAAGCUCCAAAGCAAACACCUGUCUCAUCAGAGAGACCUCCUAACAGUCAGUCCAGAUUUUUAGAUCAAGAAAGACUUGCCUUCGUUCAGAGUUAUCUGGAGAAAGCCGAGGAUGUAAGGAGUAUGGUAGCUGAAUCAAGUGACAGUGGGAUACCUGGCACACAUGGCACUCCUUCUGGGUUUGGGGUGGAAGAAACAAGUGGUAAGCAAACACCUUACUAACCGUUAGGGUCCUUCUUUUUGUUUUUGGUUGCUAUUAUCAUCUCCACUGUAUAUCAGAUCAUAUCUGUCAGUUAUUGUCUUAACGCCGACUUAGUGGGUGGAAAUCCGCUACAGUCAAGAAAUAGUUCGCCGCUACCAGAGAAGGUCCAAAAAAGACGCGCGAAAUGUUUACCCCCGUUUUGCACGGCUCAGUGCAGGAAAACUUGAUGCAGGGCGCGUGUUUUGUCAAUAAAGGCGGGAAAAAAUUAGCAAAAGUAGAAACAACAAGGGCCAAAUUUGCAGUGAUUAUUAAUAGAGUUACGCUUCAACAUAAUAAAGAAUUAAUUAUGUUUUUUUAUUAUUAUUAUUUUUUAAUGGUUUUAUAACUAAAUAGUCCUCGGAACGUUUUAUGUCUAGAAAAUAUAUCUAAAGGCUUUUUAAAGUUCUGUAAGAUUAUAUCAAACCUGGUACUAGUUCAGAUCAUUGUCUCAAAUCUUACAAACGUGCAUAAACUUGCCGUAUAAACUGUGCUCGACUUCAUGAAAUUAGAUAUAAACAAGACGCUACGGAGCGUACACUUCGGCGUCGUGGUUGUGGAACUCACUAAUUGUAAAUGCGCAGGAAUAGUACGAAAUGAAACAUGGUAAGAGUAAGGUGUUAAUUUGGGAAAUUAUGGGAAUUGUCAGGAUAUUCUGAAAAGAGCAACAUCCGAGAGGCCCAGUUGCCAAACACUAACAUUUCGGGACAAAUUAUCACUGAGAUACUAGCCCAGUUAUGCUCUGAUGACUUCUAAAUUUGACUUGGGUCUAAACCUUUAGACCUAAGUCAAAUAUGAGGUUACUGGCGGUGAAUAACAAGUCUAACAAAACAAACAGUGAAAAAAGAAUUCUCUAUUUUUCUUAGGCACAUCAGGCUUUAAAAACAGCAUAGCAGUCACAUGUACUGAUUAAAGAUAUGUAAGGCAUGGGUAAGGAGUCAAUUACGUUGAGCAUGGAAUUGGCUAAAACUCAAUGUUACGAGUUCGAAUGUUUUGAGGAUAAUUAUUCACUGACUAUCAGCAUGCAGGGAUGUCGGAUUAACACAAGGAAGUUUAAUAGAGUGUUUUCACAUGACGUCACGGCGGCCAUAUUGGUGUCCCAAAACAAUGAAAUGGCGGCCAUGUUGGUGUCUCAAACCAGUCCUGUGGGAGUUGAACUCCUUUCUUAUGCAAAAGCUUUCUUUUGUUCCAAAAAAUUUGCAUAGAUGCUGGCCAUGUGAGUGAAAACACUCUAUACCAAAGGAACAUAGCCUUUACAGAGCUUUAAAACACAGCAUCCGCCAACAUAAACUUGACUUGAGCUUAAGUAAAACUACAUAGCCUCUGCCAAUAAUAACAAACUCUCACGCGAACUUCAGAUAUCUUACGGCUUCCGCCAACUUGUAAACACAGAACUUGAAAAUCGACCUUCGUCGCAUUUGGCUAAACUCAGCAGUCCAGCUCGUGGGAAAAACCUUAGUUCGUCAAAAGAACUCGCUUGGAACUUGUAUACCGUUUGACAUAAGGUUCUAGAAAAUACUAAACAGGCGAAUAGUAGUAGCUUUUCGACAUAUUUGUGAUUUCAGUAACUAAUGCAAAUCUGCUGACUCAUGCUGAAAUGUAGACAUGCCCUAAUUAAUUAUUCAUGAAUAAUCCAAAAACGUAGAGAACGUUCGAGAAAGUCACGCAACGCGUGAAAGCAAUUUUUACUACGUAACACUCAACAAAGACAAAAUGUCUUUGUGAAGCAUUUGUAACUUUAAAUUCAUCAUAAAACAGUUCGAAAGGAGGGCUCACUCGUGAAAUGUUUGAACUUGCAAGCCCAAUCUUGUCCCGAAACUAGUGCAUCAUUUCAUAACUGUUUUUCAUAUCCCGAACUACCCUGGGCCGCAGUAGCGCAAUCGGUUAAUCCCUCAACUUAGAGUCUUCUUUGAUCUGACGGGUGACACGGGUGAGUCGGUUCAAACCCUGGGAAAGCCAAAAUAAUAAUUCUUUCUUCCUCGAAAAGGUUAAAGAAUAAAUCAAACAAAUCGAAGUGAUCUCGAGAUAUCUCGAACUAAUUCGGCUCUCACUUCGUCAAAUAGCCGAAUAAAACCGAAUAUCUACGGACUUUGCGUGCCCCAUCUCGUCAAAGAGAGUCAACUUUGAAACAUUCCUGAGCGUCGCGAAUCCUUUACUUCGCUGCGGCUCCGCCGAAGUAAAAAACAAACAUCAAAUACAAUAAUUACUCAGGCUUAUCAUGCGAGAUGCAGCUCCUGAAAGCUAUCAAGGAAGGCCAGAAUCGCUGGAGACUUUUGAACCUCUUACGCAUCAAGCAAGGUGAAAAACGAAAACGAUGCCAUCCCAAAACAGAUUUCCGACUUUGACAAGCGACGCAUCUCUCAACCAAAAAAACAAUAAACAAACUAGCCAUGAAUAACAGAAGACUAUUGAUAGCAGCUGUAGUUCAUUUCGCACAUCCAGUGGAAAAAGACAGUUAAAAACAUCGCAAGUUGACACAAACCUCUGUCAGCUUCAGCUGUCAAAGUAAACAAGUUUGAAGAUGCUGCAUGAAUUUUCCGCAUGAACUCACCUGUCAAAUUUUGACCAAUCAGAGCAUAAAAAUUAGACGUAGAGCGUGACCAACGCGUGACCUUGGUAAGAAAAGGUCUUCCCCGCCUGUAUUUCUAAAUAACUGGCUGAAUGUUCGCGUCCGAGGUUAGUUUGAAAUCAAAAUCUUAAUAGUGCGGGAACGUAGUGACCUAAAUACAACAUAUAUCAUAUGAAUUUUUAACAAAAAUAAACUUGAGCCUGCAAUCAUUUGAAAACUAGUAACUUGUCAGCGGAUGACUUCAUAAAAGUAGUCGACCUCGAUGGGUCGACACCUGAGCCCGCGAUACGGUCAGGUGAUACUGGUCAUCGGAUAACUUGUUUUGACAGCUGUCAAUUGAUCCAUGGAUAUUAUCCCUGAUUGAUCACAACAUUGAUGUGCAAUCAGUUUUCUCUGAUCCUGGGCAAUGAGAAAUCCUAAAUUGACGAAAAAAGCCAUUGAUUCAGCCAGUCAUUCGAAAUGUUGGAAGCCAACGUUUGAAUCAAUUAUCAACAAAAAUACGUCCUAAAAAGAAUUAUAAAACUUACAGAAAAGACCUUCAUGGAUGUAGUAUUGAUAUUCAUAAAAUAGUUGGAAAUCUCCCAAAACCAAAAGCUGGAUUCACUCCAGAAAAUUACAAAUACAUGGGGCCUUAUAAUCCAUUAGAUCAACAGUUGACGAAACUUGAGCUACUCAUUUACGACGCGCCAGACAAGCAAACGCAUUUGAUAACCAGCAAUGUUAACCGUCUCUGAUCGGAUUCAAAUCCCUUCCAAAACUACUUAUAAAGACACAUGAACAAAGGAAAAUGCAUCUUAUUAUUUUACUAGCUAAUCAGCAUAAAUACAUGUAAUUUUUUCUAUUAGCUAUUACAGCGUUCGGGCUCCCUGUGUAUUAAACAAAAUUAUGGUAACAAACCUAAAUUAUUAUUUACUGACACAGGCAGUUGAACUUGUGAAAUUGAAGCUGAUGAUAUGUAUAAAGACUUUUGAAAAAAUAAAGAUAAAUUUUAUAGUAGUGAUUAUUCAGAAAACUCUCAUUAUUUUGACAAAAGAAACAAAAAGGUCACUGGUAAAUCUAAAGGUGAAGCAGCAGGCAAGCCUAUUAUUGAAUUUAUUGGAUUGAGAUCAAAAAUGUACUCUUAUAUAAAAGAUGAUAAAAAAGUGGAAAAGACAGCCAAAGGAAUCAAGAAAAUGUGAUAAAAAAGAUACAAAACAUGAAAACUAAAAAGACACACUGUUGAAUCAUAUGAAAAUAUAAAAACGAUCAGAAGUCAAAAUCCACAGCAAGGAAGUGAUGAAAUAAAUAAAAUAUCACUAAGCUGUUUUGAUGACCAACGCUACAUACAUAAAAAUGUAACAAGUUACGCUUAUGGCCACUUUGUGAUAGAAUAAUUCUUUAUUUUCAAAACAUAAUCAUUAUUUACUUUCAAAAAUUUGAUCAUUUUUUGUUUUACUAUAAGGGCCCAUUAAUACUUCAAAUCAUAAGUUGGAAAUAUUUGCUUUCAAACGCACUUGUGAAAAUAAAAAAGAUAUAGAUUUGAAAAAUACGCUGGUAUCUCAAUAAACCAAACCACAAAAACCAACCCAUUUUAAUUGUGUUCUGGUACCCCCAUAUACUAUACUAAUAAUUAUAAGAAAUCUUAACUAGUCCAUACCUGACCCCCUAGACAAUGUAAUUAAAAUGAAGGGUCAGCUCACUAAAUAUUAAGGUGAUUUUAAAAAUAGAUGUACCGAAAACGGUGUGCGUAAAAUGUAAACAAACGCCACCAUGUUGAAAGUGACGAAUACUUAUGUCCCUUCACUAGAAGUGCGUGUCUCUGUGUUAUCGUUUGCACACUCUCGGCUGGAGUUAAUUCGACUUGUACAUUUUCUGUAAAAGGAGCCACAAUAAGUGAUGAACGACCCAAACCCAAAGCCAUUUCACGGAAAAUUGGGCCUCAUUCCACGACUAGAGCAAAUUAUCCGCCGCUAAGUUAGCUUUGUAAGUUUAUUGUAAUUCGCAUCGCGCGUAGCCGUUUCACGUGGAUCGCUAAGCGUGGUGUAGGGUACGGACCAUUAAAAACGUUAUGGAGAGUGGGUGGGGCAUUUUCAAGCCGCAUGAAUUUUUUUCCGUAAAUAUUUCCCUUGAAUCUUUUUUUAGGCCAGUGUUGAAAUAUUUUUAGGGGCUACUCCGUGUGCAACGUUUGUGUUGCAAGAAUUUUUUUUCUGCCAAGCGCCCCUCCAUUCCCCCCCCCACGGGUUGGACUGAUGUAAUUGAAAUUAUAAUUACCUGCUUCGUUUAGAUUCUUACACCAAGUGUCUAUGUAAGACGAAACGAAGUCACAGAUCACAGCACGUGAUGUGGCCUGAUGUCGUCAACCACUGACUCUCCUGGUGGAAAGUCAGCUACUAAAUUAAUCACAAAUAAAACACAAACAACGAUGAUAAACAUAGUGAACUUACGCACUUUUAUAUAAACUUCACGUUGAGUAUGAUUGUCAACAUACAUUUCCAAAAGUAACCGUUACAGAAAUUGACCAAGAUAUUAACUCAAAAGUGAUAAGGGGUCUAGAACUGAGAUAAAGAAUAAAAUCUUAACAAUAAAAAGCAUCGGCUUUGCACCGCUGAUGGUAGCCUGCGAACAGGUUCCCAAGUGGAGCAGGGCGGAAAUGAAAAUCCGCGAGCCUAGCGUGGCCUAGGGGAGAAAACAAGGGGGAGGAGCCUGCAGACUUUGUUUUCAUGACGCCCAUCCAUGAUACCAGAUUCUGCUGGUGUCAUGAUCUGAUUGGUCAGAUCGGUAGCUGUUGACAAGUGAGCGAUGAACAUUGACAGAUGUUUGUCAAUGCUAUGUGACGCGUUACAAAUUUGCAUUUCCCCAUUCCGCGAAAAAUACCAAAGUGCAUUCAACCGCUGUUGAAGCCGACACAUCAUAAUUUGACAGGUCUUAUUACCUUUUUGACAUGUUAUUCUCAAACUCAUUAAUAAUUCAUGAAGAAAGUACAAAGGAAAUUAAUGUGUAAUACGUGUUUGGAAAUCAGAUGAAAAACUGUUCAUUUUACAUCCUUAAUUUUUCCUACUAAAACCAUUUUGUUUGAGAAGUAAUAUCAAGCAUUGGACACAGUAUUUCAUCACCAGAUGAAACACCUCGAAGUUCGUCAAAAAUAUUCCGCUGCGCGUUGUAUUUUCAACUGUCUUGUCCUGCGUCUCAUGCUUGAUAUCCAGGAUUACUUGACAUAUGUGUUGCAGGAUAAUUGCAAGUGGUCGGAUGGGCGUCAUCAAAACAAAGUCGUCUUUUUCGCCCCGCUCCACUUGGAAGCGUGUUCGCAGGCUACCCUAAUGUUGAAAUCAAAAGCUGGCCGGAGCUCGUGAGUGAAGCAAAAUUUCUUAAAUGACUUAACCGUAUGAUAAUCAGACAGGGGCACCCAAUGACUGAUUGUCUCCGGCUCAGAAGUGUUUCAAAUGGUUUUCUCUAUGCUGUAGACGCCUGUUUGUUUAAUUUGAAGCUGCCCUAAAAACUAUUUAUCUGUUCGAUUGUUUACUUAUACCCAUUUCCUGACAUCCUUUCAUAAUAACAAGAGCUCAUCGUUGUCUUUCUCCUUAGAACCCUCUUAUAAACUUCAUCUGAAAGACCUUUCUCAAAAAGUGAUCGUGGAAUUAAAGUGGCGGCUUGAAAACGACCCAACUGGUAAAAAGUGGUUUUUGGAAUCAUUCGGCCUCGCCCCUACCAUAUCAGAAGUAUUGGAGAACAUCGAUGAAUUGUUCCCGGACACCCCUGCAAAACUACUGAAAGAAGUGUUUGAAGCCCUGGAAUUGUAUGACCUCGCAGAAUUAAUGGAGAAGGCGAAACGGCGUACGCUUCGACCUGCUUUUCCUCUGACAGAGUUAAGAAAAACGCUCAAUGCGAGCAAACGUCCUACGAGGUUUUACAGUAAGGUAGCAGUUUUGAUCUUCGAUGCAGAAGCAGAUCAAGCCGACAGUAAAGCUCAAAACAUUGGCUCAUUUUUUCAAGGCUUUAAUUCGCAGAGCAGAGUAACUACAGUAUCACUGACGUCAUUAAAUCGAGCAUGUGCGGUGGUAAAGAAGUGGCGUAAAAUCGAGGGUGACUUCGAGACUGGACGGCCGCAAGAGAUUGAGAAGAGGUUAAAAACGGAGCUGCAAGGCUUACAACAAAGCACGAGGGAUUUGAUAGAAGUGCUUGAAGUUGAAGGGAUGAUGAUAACGAGGGCAUCUGUGAUGGAAGUGAAAAAAAAUGAAGAACUGCAGAAGUACAUAGAAAUGAGGAAAAUGAAAAAGAAGGACAGAAAAGUAACUAUUGCGAACAUUAUAGGCGAGACGACGCAGGAACUACAGAAGGAGAGGGAAAAAUUCAAAAUGACGUUGGACAAAUGGACACCCAGUGAAGGUUAG